CCUGUGACAAUGGAUAACACCUGUCUACUUACAGCUCUGAUUGAGGCUGCAUUCUGUCCUUACAGGUACAGAAGCUGUUGCUUGGCUAGAAAGAAAUUAGAGUUUGAAGACACAGAAAUUAGACUUGGACAUUCAGGAGCUGUUGGACCCUGACACAUUUGGUUCUAGCCAUAUAAAGGAGGGCCUGAUCAUGGAGCAGGACCCAGAGAGCCGGGACUCCAUCGAGAACUUUACCACUGACUAUAAGAUCAUAAGAACCCUGGGAAGGGGACGAUUUUCAGUGGUAAAAAUGGCCUACCACGUCCCAACCCUCACCUGUGUAGCUAUAAAAGUUCUCAAGAACACCGAGAAGUGCUCCUCAGUGAUGAGCAGGGAAGUUGACAUUCUAAAGUCCCUGGGCCAUCCUCAUAUCAUCAAGGUGGUCGAAGUGGUCCAGACAAGAGAGGCCACCCACCUGGUCAUGGAGCAUGCCUCUCAGGGAGACCUACUGGACCGAAUCCGGGAAUGUGGAUAUUUAAAGUCGUGGGAGGCCCGAAGAAUGUUUAGACAGAUAUUAGAGGCAGUACAAUUCUGCCAUGACAAUAAUAUUGUCCACCGAGACAUAAAGGCCAACAACAUUUUGAUAGACGGAAGGUGGAAUGCCAAGCUCUGUGAUUUUGGCCUAGCUGCUAAAACACUUCCUGGGCAGAAGCUGAUUGAUUUCUGUGGCACGCUGCCAUACUGUGCGCCAGAAUUCUUUGAAGCUGAGGAAUAUGAGGGCCGCCCAUUUGACGUAUGGAGUGUAGGUGUCCUCCUCUUCUUCAUGGUGACUGGGCACUUGCCUUUCCUAGGCAAGUCAUUUGCAGAGGUGAGGAGACAAAUCAGUUCAGCCAAUUUCAGCAUUCCGCCUCACGUUGCCAACGAUAUUUUCAAUGUUAUAGUGGAAAUGCUGAUGAUAAAUCCCAGCAGGAGGCCCAGCAUCCAGCAAAUUAUGAUGCGCCCCAUGAUCAAAGACAGCCAGGCCUACUCACCACCGACAUCCAUACAGACGUUCACAGGAACACCAAGUCCUAGCACCAUCAAAGCCAUGAGAGUCAUGAGGCAUACACCUGAGAAAAGCACUGAGUCUCUGAUAGACCAAAAUAUCAACGAGGUGCUGGCAACAUACUUGAUUCAACAGCACAAGCCACUCAGGAAAGUCUGCACACACCACCAAGUGGAGUCAGGUCUAGAAGAACUUCACUCCUUCCCUCGUUUUCUUAAGAGAAAGGGACCUCUUCUCUCCUCCUUCACUUUGUCCUCACAUUCAUCCAAUAUGCGGGAGAACGAGGAUAGGAAGAAUUCCAGGAAGGUUGUCAGAAGGCAUGAUGUGGGCUACCAGCAAACAAGGACCAACACUCUCCAGCUCGACCUCCUCGACUAUCCUAUAGCUGAAGAAUUCAAGGAUAACAGGCUGCAAAUCAGGAAGACAUUCUCAGACUGUGUUGUCUUGUAGUCUAACUGAACAUAUCCAGUCACCUCGACUUCAAUACACCUAUUCCACUACAGCAGACAGGAAUGUGUCCUCCUUCAUACCACCACAUGAUUUCUGUGCAUCACUGCAGACACCUAAGGGGAUAAGCCUUGCAGGCUGCUCUGGAGAUACCUGGCAGAGAGAGACAAUCGUUGACGAAAACACCUUCAUCAACGAAGAGGCCAUGGAUCAUGAAGAUACAGUCACUAGUGGCCAGCCACAAGUGCCUUGCCCAGCUUCCCGUCGGGGAUGGCAUCACCACUGGAAGGGGUUUAAAAAGACAAUUAGUAGAAGCCUUCGAAACCUGUGCUGCUGUCUGCCACCACCAUCGGAAAAUCAAGUCUCCUGCAAUAACUUGGCUCUCAGGAAGAGAGGAGAACAUUGUGUCACCCACAGGACCAGUCCUGAAGAACAGCAGCCUCAGCUCCAUGGCUUUUAAGCCAGUGGUGGGGGUUGGCCUGGCUGAAGAUUAUUCAGUCUCAGAGGAGCCAGGCCAGACGUCCAGGUCCUGUGUGCUUGCAGGCCCCUUCUCCAGAGGAAGAGCAUUCCACACCACAGCAAGGUCUCUCCAGGUAAAGCCCCAGGCAGGAAGGCCUGCCUUUUCACUGUGUCUUGCUCAGGAGGGAGGGAUGAAGUAGAACAGUGCCCUAAAAGUGUCAGUGGAUCAGUAGCCCUCUGCCCUCUCUUCUAGCAUAGGUAAAUAUCAGAGA